UACAAAUGGGCAGUACUUGAAGCAAGGCAAGUAUGGAGCAGCUGUAGUGGGGAACCAUGCCACCAAAGAGUACAGGAUCCUCCUUUACAUCAGUCAGCAGCAACAGAUCACAAGUGCGAGGAUCCACCCGGGCUUCAUACUCACGGUUCAACCCAACAAUUACAGUACGUUCUAUGAUGAUCAGAGGCAAAACUGGUCCAUCAUGUUUGAGUCGGAAAAGGCAGCAAUGGAUUUCGGUAAACAGGUCUGCAUUGCCAAAUGCAACAGCUCCCCAGUGCUCGAUGCAGUCCUCUACCAGGAUCUCCUCCUUGGGGAAGGGCAGGGAGUAGAGGGGGGAGACUCUCUGGAGGUUGCCUAUACGGGUUGGCUGUUCCAGAACAACGGGCUUGGACAGGUGUUUGACUCGAACGUUAACAAAGACAAGCUGUUGCGGCUGAAGCUGGGUUCUGGAAAGGUCAUCAAGGGCUGGGAAGAAGGAAUGGUGGGGAUGAAGAAAGGAGGGCGAAGGUAUCUCAUUAUUCCUCCAGCAUGGGCCUAUGGAGCUCAGGGAGUGGCCGGCCGUGUCCCUCCAGACUCUACUUUGGUUUUUGAGGUGGAAGUUAGGCGGGUGAAGUUGGUGAAGGAAUCCUCUGGUUCGGAUGGACAGAGCGUUAGCUCAAGGGAUUCUCCUGCCCCGUCUCCGGUACCCAGUUCAGAUGGCUUCUCUGCAGACACUGGCUUGCUGCCUCCGUCCACCAUACCUCCAAAGCCUGGGGAGCCAGCUGUUCGGGCCAAGUCAAACUCCAUCAGUGAACAGCUGGCAAAUCCAGAUGUAGCAAAGGCAAAGCUAAUUUCUCGGAUGGCUAAAAUGGGACAGCCCAUGCUGCCUUUCCUGGCUGGGACAGCGGGUGGUCAGCUUGACUCCAGUGACUCGGAAAUAGAGGAUCCAAAUACGCUGAGAGGGACAGCACAACCAGUGGCUUCAUCUUCAGUGAGACCGUCGCAGCCAGCUCAUGCAGUACUGCCCACGGUGUCAGCACAAGUACCUCAGGCGUCUGGUUCUACACCGCCGGUAUCUUCUGCUGCUUUAAUACCUGCCACGAUCCAGCCCCAUUCAGCUCUACCCGCAGGAGCACAGGGCUUUCAGGCAUAUCCAGGAAUGGCAUUUGCUUACACCCAAACUGCUGCGUCUGCUUCUCAGCUCCAGCCUGUAGGACAGAUGUAUCCCGCCCCGUACCAAGGACCAGGGGAUGUGACUUCCUUUUUGAUGACAGAAGCUCGGCAGCAUAACACUGAAAUCCGGAUGGCUGUUAGCAAAGUAGUAGAUAAAAUGGAUCAUCUGGCUGCCAAGGUGGAGGAGUUGAAGAAACAAAGUGCUGGUAACAGCUCACUGCUGCCUGGUAUCUCCUCUGUUACUAUGGAAGCCUCCAUGAUCAUGAGCAAUAUCCAACGCAUAAUCCAGGAGAAUGAGAGGCUGAAGCAAGAGAUAUUUGAGAAGAGCAGUCGUAUUGAGGAGCAGAACGAGAAGAUCAGCGAGUUGAUUGAGCGGAAUCAGAGGUACGUCGAACAAAGUAACUUGCUAAUGGAGCAGAGGAACCACUCACUGCAAACAACAAAUGAAAACACACAGGCAAGAGUGUUGCAUGCAGAGCAGGAGAAGGCCAAAGUUGCAGAGGAGUUAGCAGCUGCCACAGCACAGGUUUCCACGCUGCAGCUGGAGCUGACUGCCCACCAGAAGAAGGAGAUGGACCUGCGGAAACAGCUGUCUGCCGCUUUGCAGGAGGCAGAGCGACACGAGGCGCAGCUCAACAAGCUGCAAGCGCAGUUAGCAGAGCUUCAGGAGGCCUCUGAGGACACUCAGACUAGAUUCAAAGCUGAGAAGCAGAGCCGCAGACAGCUGGACAUGAAGAUCACAGCGCUGGAAGAAGAGCUAACAGACCUGAAAGUGGAAAAGACGACUCUUGAAAGGAAUCUUGCAGAGAGAAAGAAGAAAUCCCUCUCAGAGAGAGCUCAAGCAGAGGAAGAGAUGGAAGAAAUACGCAGGUCAUACCAGCAGGAACUGGACAAGCUUCGACAGUUGCUGAAAAAGGCACGGACUUCAACUGACCAGGCAGCAGCAGAGCAGCUGUCACUCAUCCAGGCAGAGCUGGAAUCCCAGUGGGAAGCCAAAUGUGAACGUACACUGGCCUCGGCCAAGGAGCAGCAUGUUCGACAGUACCAGGAGGUGUGUGAGCAGAGAGACUCCCUGCAGCAGCAGGUGUCCCAGCUGGAAGAGAAGGUUGCAGCUCUAAAACACUCGAAAAAAGCAGAGGAGCAAAAAUUGUCUGAGUUUCAGCAACGUUUGGAGCAACUAGAGCCUAUCAAAGAGAAGUAUUCAGCCUUGCAGGCUGACGUCGUGGUGCUGAGGAGUCGCUAUGAAGAGCGCAUCCGAGACCUGGAGAAGGACCAGGGUGGAUCUUCACCUGCAGACUUCGCAGAACAAGUAAAGAAGAUCAUGAACGGUGUAUUUCAGUCUCUUCGGGGUGAAUUUGAGCUGGAAGAGACAUACAGUGGCAGGACAGUCCUGGGUGUUGUCAUGAACACAAUUAAGACUGUAACACUGCAGCUACUCAGCAGGCAGGAGGAGAAACCAGAUCAUGACAGGAAAAAGGAGGAAUCUGGAACAGGAGCAGCGAGACCGGAGGGAUCACCUGGAACAAAGGCUGCCCGUGAAGAGCCCGUGCAGCAUAGCCCAGCCCAGAGUGUUGCGUCCCCAGCUGAUCCUGGGCAAGCAGCCCCAGGCUCCGUGGUGUCGGACCAGGAAGGAGAGGCUGCUCCUCUGUCUGCCAGGCCCAGCGCUCCUGAGGAGGAGCAGGCGACGCAGAGCAGUGGAGUGUCGGAAGAGGAGAAGGUCCAGGGGGAGCAUCUCCUUCCCACGGCUGAAUCUUGCCUGGAUCCUGACGAGGGGCCUGUCCUUGCAGGACAGGCUGUUCCUGAGGCGGGUGAGGACUUGGCGCCGGCUGAGCAGAGGCAGGAGAGCGAUGCCAUCGGGAAGGCUGAGGCUGAACGCGGCCCCUCCAGAGUAUCUUGGCAGGCAGAAGUUGCAGAA